AUGAAGUUAUGGGAUAACAUUACUACGAAUAAUACCUGCAAGUGCUAUAGGGGCUACAAGAAUCUGAACAACAUCAGUGCCGGUCGAUGUGUUCCUGCGUGCAAGGACGAUUGUGAUAACGGCUUCUGUCGUUCGCCGGGAAAUUGCGUUUGUGCCAAGGGCUUUGAAAAAUUCGGCGAAAAUGGAAUAUGUAAGCCUAUCUGCAGUUCGGGUUGCUCGAACGGCUAUUGCACGGCCCCAAACAAAUGUGCCUGUAACGAGGGCUUCAAAAAAAUAAAUGGAACUUGUCGUCCACACUGCGAUCAGUCGUGUAGUGCAGCCCACAGUUAUUGUGAAGAACCGAACAAAUGCGGCUGUCAGCAAGGCUACGAACUGGAUAUUAAUGCGAAUACUGUGGUGUGCCGACCCAAAUGCGCUGGCAAUUGCGAUAACGGCGUUUGUCGCGCACCCGACGUGUGCGAAUGCAAUACAGGCUACGAAAAAGCCUCAGAUAAGACUUGCAUUCCGAAGUGUCAGGCGGGCUGCUUGGGUGCCAUUUGUACAGCCCCGGAUCUCUGUGAAUGCCUCAAGGACCAUGUUCGAAUUAGUGACAACACUUGCUUGCCCAUCUGCGAAAGCUGUGUGAAUGGGCUUUGCGUUAGGCCCGGAGAAUGUAUUUGCUAUGAAGGCUUUACCACAGAUAGUAGAAAUAUGUGCUCCCCGAUCUGUGAGGGUGGAUGCGAAAACGGAUUCUGUGAAGCUCCCGGAAGAUGUGCUUGUAAUGAUGGCUACGAAAUGGAAAGUGAAAACAACUGCUCCCCAAUCUGUGAAGGUGGAUGCGAGAAUGGAUUCUGCGAAGCUCCCGGAAGAUGUGCUUGUAAUGAUGGCUACGAAAUGGAAAGUGAAAACAACUGCUCUCCAAUCUGUGAAGGUGGGUGCGAGAACGGAUUCUGUAAAGCUCCCGGAAGAUGUGCUUGUAAUGAUGGCUACGAAAUGGAAAGUGAAAACAACUGCUCCCCAAUCUGUGAAGGUGGAUGCGAGAAUGGAUUCUGUGAAGCUCCCGGAAGAUGUGCUUGCAAUGAUGGCUACGAAAUGGAAAGUGAAAACAAGUGCUCCCCAAUCUGUGAAGGUGGAUGCGAGAAUGGAUUUUGUGAAGCUCCCGGAAGAUGUGCUUGUAAUGAUGGCUACGAAAUGGAAAGUGAAAACAAGUGCUCCCCAAUCUGUGAUGGUGGAUGCGAGAAUGGAUUCUGCGAAGCUCCCGGAAGAUGUGCUUGCAAUAAUGGCUACGAAAUGGAAAGUGAAAACAACUGCUCUCCGAUCUGUGAGGACGGGUGCGAGAAUGGAUUCUGUGAAGCUCCCGGAAGAUGUGCUUGCAAUGAUGGCUACGAAAUGGAAAGUGAAAACAACUGCUCCCCAAUCUGUGAAGGUGGAUGCGAGAAUGGAUUUUGUGAAGCUCCCGGAAGAUGUGCUUGCAAUGAUGGCUACGAAAUGGAAAGUGAAAACAACUGCUCUCCGAUCUGUGAGGACGGGUGCGAGAAUGGAUUCUGCGAAGCUCCCGGAAAAUGUGCUUGCAAUGAUGGCUACGAAAUGGAAAGUGGAAACCAGUGCUCCCCAAUCUGUGAAGGUGGGUGCGAGAACGGAUUCUGUGAAGCUCCCGCAAGAUGUGCUUGUAAUGAUGGCUACGAAAUGGAAAGUGAAAACAAAUGCUCUCCGAUUUGUGAUGGUGGAUGCGAAAAUGGAUUCUGCGAAGCUCCCGGAAGAUGUGCUUGUAAUGGUGGCUACGAAAUGGAAAGUGGAAACCAGUGCUCUCCUAUCUGUGAAGGUGGAUGCGAGAAUGGAUUCUGCGAAGCUCCCGGAAGAUGUGCUUGUAAUGAUGGCUACGAAAUGGAAAGUGGAAACAAGUGCUCUCCGAUCUGUGAUGGUGGAUGCGAAAAUGGAUUCUGUAAAGCCCCUGGGGCUUGCACCUGUAUUGAUGGCUAUGAAGCAAACGAUUGGGGUAUUUGUGUGCGUAUCAAUAAUUAUAGUUCCAGUUUGCCAGCAGAAAAGGUCAGCUCGGAUGGAGGACAAACAUCGCUUGCAGAGGAGCAAAACAAAUCAUUUUGUUUGCCUUCCAAUUUGCGAUAA